AUAAUUUUAAUAGAACCUUAAAAAAAAAAAUGAAGAGAGAAUCAACAUAUGCGCUCUCUUUUCUUGUCCUCUUACUCUCAUCCAUAUUAUUCUUCAACCUUGUGUACCCUUUUGAUCCACAGUUUCUUUCUCGCUUUGCUUUCUUGUCAUCAUCAUAUGUCACUCUCAAUAAUUCACAGAAUUCGCCACUCACCGGAGGCUGCGAUUAUUCCAGAGGCCGCUGGGUGUGGGAUGAAACCUACCCUCGUCAAUUGUACGGCGAAAACUGUCCGUUUCUCGACCCCGGAUUCCGGUGCCGCCGAAACGGACGGAAAAAUGAGAGGUUUCGUAAAUGGAGAUGGCAACCUGAUGACUGUGACAUUCCCCGGUUCAAUGCCAGUGACCUCCUAGAGAGGAAUCGCAAUGGACGCAUUGUGUUUGCGGGUGAUUCCGUGGGGAGAAACCAAUGGGAGUCUUUGCUAUGCAUGCUGACACAAGGGGUUUCUAAUCUCUCCAAUAUAUAUGAAGUGAAUGGAAACCCCAUAAGCAAACACAAGGGUUUUCUGGUAAUGAGGUUUCAGGAAUACAACCUGACAGUGGAGUACUACAGGACACCCUUCUUGUGUGUUAUAGGUCGUCCACCACAAAACUCAUCAAGUAAUGUCCGAAGUACUAUCAGGCUUGACGAGUUGCACUGGUAUUUUAAUAAAUGGGUAGAAGCAGAUGUUCUUGUUUUCAACUCUGGGCAUUGGUGGAACCCAGACAAAACUAUCAAGUUGGGAAUCUACUUCCAGGAAGGAGGGAGGGUAAACAAGACGAUGAACGUGAAAGAAGCAUUUAGGAGAUCCCUACAGACAUGGAAAUCAUGGACAUUGCAUAAUCUCGAUCCUAGGAGUUUCGUCUUCUUUCGUAGCUAUUCCUCCGUUCAUUUCAGGAAUGGCACGUGGAAUGAUGGAGGAGAGUGUGACAUGGAAACAGAGCCAGAAAAUGACCCUACAAAACUUGAAAUUGAACCAUAUUAUAACAUAUUUGUUUCUGGUGUUGUCAAACAGAUGCAACACGAGAGCAGGAAAGUCCACUUUUUGAACAUCACAUAUCUUUCAGAGUUGAGGAAAGACGGUCACCCUUCCAAGUACCGGGAACCGGGCACUCCACCUGAUGCCCCACAGGAUUGCAGCCACUGGUGCUUACCAGGGGUGCCAGACACGUGGAAUGAACUUCUCUAUGCUCAACUUCUAUCUGAGAAAUUUGGCAUCAACAAAUUUUUUCCAGAAAGAGGAUAA